AUGUUCUUCAAGCAACUUGCGCUAAGCCUCCUGGCUUUGGAUGUUCUGCCAGCAAUAGCCUCGUCUGCCCCAAGUCGACAGUUCAAGCGAGCAGCCAAUAUCACUACCUGCAAUGUCAACGAAUCGGCACCCAAGGUCAAGGCACCUAAGACUAACGUCUGGGCUCCAAUCUCGCCUGAAGACAAUCUAGCUGUCUGGAACCUCCUUCAUGACCCAGCCGCGGGCCUGAAUCUCACGGACCCUAGCAUUGCAAAUGUCACUGACAACUAUGUCUACUGGAUCGACACUCUUCACACCAACAAGUCUGACGUCCUGCCAUAUCUCAGUGGCACAGCUCAGUCUCCGCCAAAAUAUGCUCGCGUCGUCAUCUUCGCGGGCGGAAAAACAGAGCCAGAUUCGCAAGAGUACAUGGUUGGGCCGCUCCCGGUCAGCAAUGCUACCAAGAUCCAAAAGCUCGACUACAUCUUCAACGGCGGAAGUGGUGGAAAGAUCCCUUACAACAGUCGCUACUUUGACAACGCUCGCACGGCAGCGUCGGAGCCGCUCUUGAUCUCUGUCAUGAGCAACAUCUCGGAUAUCACUUCCCAGCUCAUUGAUGGAGUUUACUAUGGCUCCUCUGAUAACCGCACAACUCUCACUUCCACAAGCGGAACGCCGUUGUCAUAUGAUGGCACCCAAGCCUUUCGCACAGUCAUGUUCAGAUAUCCCAACACUGCCACGUACCUCACUCCUUUGGACUUCUUCGUCAUUCUCGACGUUACUGGCACGGACUCUUCUCUUUACAAGUUGAAAGGCAUUGUCACAAACGAGAAGUUUUUUGCUACUGUUGCCGACUUCAGGGCUGCUUGGGACGCAGGCGAGUUGAAGGAGACAUUUAAGCAAACAAGGACUCCUGAUUGGGGCCUUCUUGACCACAAGCCGGAAAUGGGCGUCAGAGAUCUUGAGGACAAGCUGGCACCUCAGAGUCUUGAGGUUGGUGGCAAGCGCUACAAAGUCGACGAGCAAGAGAAGUACAUCGAGUACAUGGGGUGGUCGUUUUACACAUCCUACUCCAGGACUCUUGGACUGAUGUACUAUGACAUCAAAUUCAAGGGCGAGCGCGUCAUCUACGAGCUCUCUCUUCAAGAGGCAGCUGCUCAAUAUGCCGGAUUCACUCCCAAGGCUGCCGGAACUGUGUACCACGAUACCUACUACAGCCUUGGUACGGACCUUGGCACCCUUGUGGAAGGAUACGACUGUCCUUUUGGCAGCACCUUCUGGAACGUGACAUAUCACGAAGGCAACUCCUCAGUUGUGAACACCGACGCCAUCUGCAUCUUCGAGGCUGAUGCCGGAUACCCUGUCUCUCGCCAUCGUUACGGAAGCAGCAACGACUACGGCUUCAGCUACCUUGGGACCGUCAAAGCGUCCGCGCUGACGAUGAGAUCCGUCGCGACUGUCGGCAACUACGACUACAUGUUUGACUACUCAUUUCAUGUAGAUGGCUCUCUGGAAGUCACUGUCCGUGCUUCAGGAUUCCUGCAGUCAUCAUUCUACUACGCAGACCAGGGUAACUUCGGUCCCAGAAUUCAGGAGGCAACUAUGGGGUCACUCCACGACCACAUUCUCACCUACAAGGCCGACUUUGACAUUCUUGACACCAAGAACAGCCUCGAAGUCAGCCAGCUCGUCGUUGUCAAUCAGACUCAGCCUUGGUAUCCCGAGCUCGGAUCUUUCGAGCAAAUGGAGUUGCAGAAGUCCACCAUGACGGAGGAGCAGCAGUUCAACUGGCAGCCGAACAAUGCUGCCAUGUACUGCAUUGUCAACCCCAACGCCACGAACGCAUGGGGUGAGAAGCGUGGCUACCGCGUGGUUCCAGGCAAGUCCAACAUCCACCUCACCCCGCUGAACUCGCCUUGGACCAAGCACCAAACACCAUUUGCCAAGUCGCAUCUCGCACUUUCUCGCCAGCAUGACAAUGAGCCAUACGCAAACAGCCAUGCGAACGUCAACCUUCCCAUGAAGCCUCAGCAGGACUUCCUCAAGUUCUUCAAUGACGAGGGCACUGACAACGAGGACAUUGUGUUAUGGUUCAACUUGGGAAUGCAUCACUUUACCAGAGCUGAGGACAUUCCUGUCACUCUUUACAGUGAAGCUGUUAGCAGCAUUGUGUUCGCCCCACAAAACUUCAAUGACAGGGCCCAGGAUGGAGACCUCCUCAACAGGAGAUGGGUAGCUGUUAAUGAGACAACAGGACAGUUGGAAUACGACUCAUACGGAGUUGCUUUGCCUGGACAGUGCGAGGUCGAUAUCGCUGAACCUGUUCUGAGCAUCAAGAAGAACGACGAGAUAUAG